CCUUUGGUGAGAUAUCUAGUAGUGUUUAGUUGAACGGUUUAUUGCCAACCAUUGUUAUACCUUUGGUGAGAAAUUUGUUGUUGAAGUGCCACCAUGAAAAUCUUUUUCAUUAUCUUAGUGCUACUUAUUUCGGUUUCAGUUACUGUUCAGGUUAGCCAUCAGUUCCAUCAAAAGGACUCUGAAGAUGACAACGCUGUAUCAUUCUUUCUAUAUACCCACUGGAAUAUAAAUUAUGCCCAGCAGAUCGGGCCCAUCGGAGCCUCCAUAGCAGAAUCACACUUUCGAAGGGCAUUUCCAACCGUUUUUGUUAUUCAUGGAAGGAGACAGGGCCUUACUAGCAAGAUGAACUCGAAAAUUGCAAGAGCGUUGUUGUCCUCAAGUCAUUACAAUAUAAUAAUUGUGGAUUGGCAGGAAAUGUCCGUGUUAGAUUAUGCGUUGGCUGCGGCGGCCGUCCCCAAAGUAGGAGAUAAGGUGGGAAAAUUCAUCAAUCACUUGAGUAGGUACCAUGGCCUUUUCUUGUCCCGCUUGACUAUUGUUGGUUUUGAUCUGGGCGCCCAUGUUGCGGGCUUUGCUGGUAAGACCGUUGGUUCAGGAGAGAUUGGCUCUAUCAUCGCGUUGGAUGCUGCGUUACUUCUAUUCAAUGUAUACCCUCCUCAUAAACGCCUAGACUCCAGCGAUGCCAGAUAUGUGGAGGCCAUUCACACUAAUGCUGGUGGUGAGGGUUUCCUGGUGCCAAUAGGUCACGCGGACUUUUAUCCAAACGGAGGUAUCAUUCAGCCGGGUUGCCCAACCACCAAAUGCAAUCAUAACCGUAGCAUCGACUACUAUGUGGAAGCUCUUAAGUACAAUAAUUUUGGCUCAAUCACAUGCAAGGACUAUAUAGCUGCCACCAUAAAUGCUUGUGGAAAUACUUUGAGCUCUGUACGCAUGGGCAAUAUAGCUAAUAGUAUGCGGAAUAAAGGAAUUUAUUAUGUACCUGUGAAAAAAGAGCCUCCAUAUGGUACAAUAUCCGCUAUUUUUAAUUCAUUUUAAGCCGGAUGCUUUGUUUUUGAUAAAAGCAGAAACACAAUUGUAUUCGUGCAGAAAAAUAAUAAAAUUUCAUGAACAUUUAUUGCUUA